AUGGCCUCGAUCUCACUGCCUCCGACCCAGCCGGGAUUCCCGCCGCAGUUCAACACCCAAUCCAGUAACCAUUCUCGUCACAAAAGCAUGCAUGCACCGCUUCCGAAUCCUCCUUUUGUCUUUCCCGCCCGCAAUCCCGAGGCCCCCAAUACCCAGUCGGAGACCCCUGAGCAUCGGGAGCGGGCCGCGUUGCCCGCAUUCUCGUUUAAUCCUGGCUCCGAACAACCUCAAUCGUCGCAUUUAUCGGCGCCAUCCAUGUCAAAUCACCGGGCCGGAGGACAUCGUCGGCGAACAAGCGAAUUUGUCGGGACCGAUCAGCUGGUCACACCAGAACCAGCCGGACCAGCCGAGAAGCGGGAGGAAUCUUCAAUUGCACCCCAAUCGCUUCCACCACCAGGACCGGGUGUAGGCAGGGUUCCUGGACGACGGAACCAUGCCCAUCGGCGCUCGGCCGCCAUAUCCGGGGUGGAUUUGAACGCGAUCACCAAAGCCCUGGGCCCAAACUCCGGAGCUGGAAGUGCGCCAUGUACACCCGCCGACCCCAAUCACAGGCCAACAUCGGAUCUUCCUGCGCGGCCUGUCUCCCAGUCUGGAAUUAUUCUUGGUCGACCUACCCCUCCUGCGUCUCCUCAAUUCCCGCCUGUCCCUCCAGUUCCGCCUAUUCCGGCGGCCAUUCAAGCCGAAAUUGAUUCAAGUAACCAGACUGCCCAGGCUACAAGACCAGUCUCUACUUUCUCGCAUGGGCCAACGGACAGUGCGACUACCAUCAAGGCUCCUCUACCCGAGGCGGCGCCAAUACCAGACCAAGUGACGCCGAGAUCUGACUACAAGCCCAAGCCGCGGCCGAAAACUGCCGAUGCGUCUUUGGUUAUGAAUUUUAUGGAAAUGGAGGACGAUUCCAGUGCUUCCUCUAUUAAGCGAUCGCAUUCCGCGGCGGGACAUUCGCGCGCCCGCAAGAGCAAAUCAACACCGCACCUCGACUCGACCCUAUCCCCCGAUGAUCUCAACUCCGCCGAACAUUCUCGUCCGUCUUUCUCGGACGAUGCAUCUGAGUCAUCUGGGGACGAAGGGACCGAGAACUCGCCUUCCAAAAAGUCUGAAUCCAAGUCAAAGAAGAAGAAGCAAAAGCGUGUACGCUCCUGGGCUGGCCACAUUCUAACCCGAACCAAGAGCAAGGGCAAGAGCAAGCGUCAUACGAAGCCGGAAAUCGAGGAACAAGCUCCCAAACCUCGAACCACCGCGCCUCGUCCUCCAGCCCUAACUCGGACCAAUUCGGAAGCCGGUUCAGCUCUAGAUGUGGAUUUCGAUAAUGACGAUGUCGUUGUCAUUCGCACCCCCACUAACCCAACGAUGCCACCGUCCGCAUUGGAGCCCAUCCCAAGCGAUGGUCCGGAUAAUCGGACCUCGCCUGCGCCCACUUUGGAAACCUCGUGGAAACCUCGGAGCUUCUAUGAGCAGGAUAUCGGACCGCCAGAGAACAUGCUGAGCAGUCCCAUCAUCGACCUCGAUGCUGCCCUCGGCCCAUUCAAUACCCCGGACAUGCGCCCAGCUGCGCAAGGCGCACCUAAUAACAACUUCUCAGUCGCCACCCAGCGAAUGUACAGCGGUGGAAGACGCGGUGAAUUCGUUGGUCCGGAGAUGCGGUACCACCGGCGCACCGAAAGCGCCCCUGUCAUGCAACCCUUUGAUCGUGCUGCCAUUGCCCCCUAUCGCUUGGGUCCAAACUCGUCGGUCGAAACCCCCGAUGUGUUCGACGAGGAGGAAGAGGACGCUUUCUUGGCUGCAAGUCAGUCCCCGCGAGCUCAGUCGCCCAGGAUCGAACGUCCUUGUUUCGAUUUCCCCUCAAUUGACAGUGCAGCAUUCCCAUCUUCGGAAGACGACCGGAAGUCCGUGAAUAGCAACGAUACAGCGGACACCGGCCAUACUACUCGGGCUCCGUCUGAGAGCAUAUCUUCUCAAAACCCCGGCCUAGGCAUCCAGCGAGGCGGCAGACCUGCCCCGCUGGAACAACCAGAGGAGAAGACGGCAGCUGAGCAAGUUCAGACCGCCAAUAAUCCAUUCAUGAGCAAGCCUCGAAGCCCUGUGGAAAUACUCAAGGCGGAAGAGCCCAGCCACAGAUCGAUGGGGCCUCCAAGCCCUGAUGUCUCUCCCCGAUUCCUCGCCAUCGACAAACGUCCAUCCACGUCGCCUGUUGAGCUCAUGCCUAGCAUUCCGCCCUUCGCGCUACACCCUGGAGUCUCACCAUCCGAGUCGUCUUUCCCGUCACCCGACGCCCCACGGUCAAUUGCCGCGUCCUCGAUGAAUGAUCGCAACUUUUCAAGCCAUUCGUAUCAUCACCUUCCAUCGGCUGAAAAUCCCUAUGCAUCGAUCGAAGAUGUUCCAUCUUUGACAAGCAGUGCAUCAACCAUGACCAACACCCUCAAUCGCUUCUCCGCGGCCUCCUUCUUCCCUCGAGGACGUCUCUCCACCGAUCGCGCGGCAUCCUUCUCCGCUGCUGGAACCCGGCGCACCAGCCAGGCUAAUAAUUCCAAGCGCUCGAGUCUCGCCAGUCUCUCCAAGCUGGUCGGUGGACCCCAUUCCGAACGGAGCAAACUCAGCCAGGAGGAGAAACCCCCUGGAGAUGCCUCCGAUAAGACGAAGAAGAAGGGCCGCCGCAUUAGUCGCCUGAUGCAUUUCUGGAAGGUCAAGGACAAAGAGAAGCCAUCUGAUCCAGGGAACGAUCGACCACAGUCGUAA